AUGUCUACACACGAAAUUAAGAAAAAUUCUAUCUCUCUAUUUCUCUCUUUUUCUUUUUUCUCUCUUUCGUACUCUGUCGUUCUUUCUUUCAUUCUUCUUACUCUCUAUCCCCUUCUCUCUCUACCCUCACCCAUCUCUCUCUCUCUCUCUCUCUCUCUCUCUCUCUUCCUCUUUUAUCUAUCUAUGUCAGUUAACCUAUCUUUAUAUCUAUCUAUCUAUUUUGGUUUAUCUAUCUAUCUCAGUUUAUCUAUCUUUUUAUCUAUCUCAUUUAUUUAUCUUUCUAUCUACCUAUCUCGGUUUAUCUAUCUCAGUUUAUUUAUCUAUCUCGGUUUAUCUAUCUAUCUAUCUAUCUAUCUAUCUAUCUCUCUCUAUAUAUAUAUCAGUUCAUAUCUAUCUAUCUAUCUAUCUCAGUUUAUCUAUCUCGGUUUAUCGAUCUCCCUCCCUUCCUCUCUCUCUCUAUCUAUCUAUCCCCAUUUCGUUCGUAUCUAUCUAUAUAUCUAUCUGUAUUGUCCUCGGUAUAACCAUGACUUUUGUUUCUAA